GGGCAUAUCAGUAUAUUGAGUUAAUUUUUAACUCAUGGAAACUAUUAUUGCUCAUGUUCGUGAAGGAAAUCUUCAUGAAGUGAAAUUAUGGUUAGAUGAUAUAGAAAAUGAUGUAAAUCAAGGCGAUGAACACUUAUUCAGCUUGUUACAUUGGGCUGCACGUGAAGGACAAAGAAAUAUAGUGGAUUUAUUAGUUCUUCGCGGUGCACGUGUUAACGCAACCAAUAUGGGUGAUGAUACAGCUUUGCAUUUAGCUGCAGCUCAUGGACAUUUUGAUGUUGUACACUAUUUGUUAAAUUCUCAUCGACUUAAUGUAGAUGCUGCAAAUGAACAUGGUAAUACAGCUUUACAUUAUGCUUGUUUUUGGAAUCAUUUAGAAAUUGCUGAAUAUCUAAUUAAAAAUGGAGCAUGUUUAAUGCAAGAAAAUAAAUAUGGUGAAACACCAUUAGAAUUAAUUCGUCCACGUGCAGCUGCAUUGAUUGCUCCAUUAGCACAAGCUUCAGGACAUGAUUUAUCUCAUCGUCGACCAUUUCGUGAUACAAGUUGGAUCGGUACAAAAACACGUGCACGAGAUGCUACUUUAUAUCGUCUUGAAGGUGAAUCUUGGGAUCCUCGGGAAGUUGAAUUAACCGGUGCUUUAGCUGACAAUCAUGGUGCUGAAGUAUUGAAAGGUUCAUUCAGACGAUGUCCUGUAGUUGUUAAAAUGUUAAAACUACGAAAUUGUUCAACAAGACAGGCACGUGAUUUCAAGGAUGAAUUUCCCAAGCUUCGUAUCUUUAAUCAUCCUAAUAUACUACCAGUAUUGGCUAUCUUUACUGCUACGCCACGUUUAUGCCUUGUCAGUGAUUUUAUGCAAUAUGGGAGUCUUUUUGAUGUUUUACACCAACCAGCUGAAGUCAAUAUGCAACAUGGUGCAACUCAGAUAAGUCAUCGACAAGCUUUAAGAUUUGCUGUUGACAUAGCUAAAGGCAUGGAAUUUCUACAUUCACCUGAAUUGAAAGUACCCAAUUUUCGUUUAAAUUCUAAACAUGUGAUGGUGGAUGAAGAUAUUGCUAAAAUUGGUGUUUGGGAUACAGUCGAUACAGCUGCACAUGGACAAAAUGCACAACAGUCAAUUGUAGCUGAUGAAUCGUUAAUUGCUCGUUUAGAUAUGGCAGAUUAUAAAUUUUCAUUUCAUGAAAAAGCUCGAGAAUACAAUCCAGCUUGGAUGUCACCUGAAUCUUUACAAAAGAAAGCUAAUGAAAUCAAUCUUGAAGCUUCAGAUAUGUGGAGUUUUGGUGUGAUACUUUGGGAAUUGACAACUCGAAUGAUUCCAUUCGAUGGAAUGAAUCCUAUGGUUAUUGGAAUGAAGAUAACCACAGAAAAUAUGCGUCUUCCAAUUCCACCGGAUUUGGACAGUCGAAUUGUACGUCUAUUUGAUUUAUGUACAAAAGAUGAUCCUGGUAAACGUCCAAGAUUUGAUAUUCAACUCAUUCAAUUAUUAGAUAAAAUGCGUGAACGUGCUUCUCAAUAAAAAAGUGCCUAAUAAAUUUCCAACUAGUUAUAUGAAUUAUCAAGAGAGAGAGAGAGGAUUUAAGCGAUACACACUACAUUCAUUAAUAAUCACAGCAGUACUAACUAUAGCGUUCGUUCUAUGAUGCUGUUUCUACGAUAUUUUAUCUCCUCAGUGAACUUGUCUCUCUCUCUCUGUGUGUGUGUGUGUGUUGUACGACUUAGUAAAAAACACAAACAAACAUUAAUAAUAUAUGAAUAUAACUAUUUGUGAUUUCAUAAUAUCUUUCUGCUUAAAAAUGCAUGCUUCUUAUUAAAAAUAAAAAAAAUUAUUUUCUAUUCGGUUCAUGGAUAUUUGAUUUCUUUGGUGUUCUCACGAGUAAUGUGUCUCUUUAAAGAAGAAAACGUAUUUAUCAUAAUAAAAUAAUCCAGCAUUUUACUAUCAUUGCUUUAUUUUAUUUUAUUUUAAAUCAACAGUGUAUGAAAUUGCAUGGCUUGACAAUUGAACAAAAAUAUAUUGUACUUUUGUACUCUUUUUUUUAUGUACUUUAUUUGUGAUUGAACACACAUGGAAAAAAAACAACACCAUUAAUUAUUAUUAUUAUUAUUAUUAUUGUGUAUGCUAAUAUGAUAUAAGACUUGUAAUAUUUGGUUUUUAUAAUAACUGUCAACUGGUGGAAGUGAUGAGGUAUAUUUUGCUUUAUUUUGAAAAAAAAAAUAUAUAUAUUCAUAGCUACCAUGAAAUAUUAUUAUUAUUAUUUUAUUCAAUUGUUAUCUAUGCGAAUAAUGUAUCUUUUGUUAUAGAAUAUAAAGUUACUAUAAAA